AUGUCGUCCGUCCCCAGCAUGCCCGAACUGGCCACGCGCACACCUCGCAAGCGCAAGGCUGUCGAGACUCCUCUGUCUCCCCCAUCAACGAGGAGGAAAAGGACCGGAGCGGCUCCGAUUCCGAACCCGCCGUUAGUGCCAUUUCCGACGCCAUCGUCCCGCCAUCGCGCUAAGGGCAAUGAUCUCGAGGACCCGGAAGUCACACCGAAGGCAUCCGCCUCUGCGUCUUUCGUCUCCGCGAAGCCUCGAGCCAAGCUCCCCGACCACCUGCAGACGCUCCUGACGUUACACCACGCCUUCAACAUUGCCAUCUCGCUGCACCUGGCUACGCAGCCGCCAGUGCUCCCGCCGCAUUCGGCAGAUGCCACCAGCGUGCGCCUGCCGAACCUAACCAACCUCCUGACUCUUAAGGGAGCGGUAGAGCGAGGUUCAGGAAGACGAUUCGGGCAGACGGAGCUCGCGCGCCUCGCAUGGCUGUAUGCGUGGGACGGCGAGAGUCUGCCGAAGGAGGACAAGGACGAUGAGGAUGACAAUCCUUUCCUCGAUAAGCCGAAGGUGAACCCCUCCGAGCCGGUGUCUGGUCUCUCAUACCUGAUCACGGCGACGCGGACCCUCGAUCCGACUGGACGCAAAGUGCACACGCUGGGCAUUGGACUCGAGCUCGACAUCGAGGCGGGCGAGACGCGGCAACUGCUCAUGGGCGGCGCUGAGGGCGGAUUCGGGAACAAGGGCCAGGGUGGUGGUCUCCGUGUGGUCGGGAGAUGGAACGCCGGCGCCGAACUGCGCGAAGACAUUGUGCGCUCUCGUCUCGAGAAGUGGGUCAUGCUGCACGGCGGCGAGUUGGAGAUCGUGGAGGACUCGCACCUCCCUACUCCCUCCACGCGCGACUCAGGUCGCAGUGCUAUCCCACCCAUUCCUCUGCUUCCCCUGCCGAAGCUCGCGAGUGCGAACCUCGGCGCAGCUCUGUUCGCCGCCUCGCCUUCGACUGCCGAGUCUGGACCCUCGACUCCCAAGCCGCCCGCGUUCGCGUCGGAGCUCAGCGACCCGUUCGAGAUGCCCAUGCCCAAGGCGCCAAUGACACCCAAGGGCUCAAUUGAGGCGCGCCGACAAGCGCUGCGCGACCGCAUUCGUGCCAAGAGCGCGAGCGCAAAGGCGGCCAAGACGCCCUUCGCCAAUUCGAUCCGGGCGUCGAUGGAGACGCUCUCCCGUGCCCAGCAGCAGGAGGAGCUGCAGCGCCGCAGCACUCUCAGCCGUCUCGAGCCCAUCGCCGAGAGCGUGUGGAUGAUGUUCUCGGGCCCUUCAUCUGGGCCCUUGACUCUGUCGCCCGGCGGGGGGUUGUCGCCCGCGCGCAGGCGCAAGGCGAUUCCGCUCAGCGAGGCGGUCGAGCGCAUUGUCAAGAGCGCGAGGAGCCCCCUCUCUGCCGCCGAGGCCGAGAUUUCCCUCCGCAUGCUGGCAGACUUGUGCCCCUUCUUCGUUACCGUUAAGCUGGUGGGGAAGCACGACUGGAUCGAGAUGCCCAACGUGCAGGUGCCUUCUAGCCCGGGCUCCGGCCUCUCUGCGACGGCUGCAGAGGUUGCGACGAGCGUUCUCGGCAGCCCCACUCGCAGCCCGCGCACGCCCCGUGCACUCGCUGGCCCUGCGUCGCCGGGUCGCGUCCAGGUCGGCGGACUGCGUGCCGUGCGAGAGCGGAUCCGCCGCGAGCUUGGCGAGUAG